AUGGCCGCCGCCGACCCGUCCAACUACCCUCAGCCGCCCGUCCGGCCGCCAUCGUGGUCGUCCUACACCCCCGAGCUCGUCACGUCGUCGGUCGACAAGGUCCUCGACGAGUCGACCGCGUUCCUCGACAAGCUCGUCGCCAUCCCGUCGGCCGACCGCACGUUCGAGUCGGUCGUGCGGCCCCUCGCCCUCCAGUCGGCCGAGGCGGACCGCAAGAUCGAGCCCGCCCUGUUCCUCCAGUACGUGCACGCCGACCAGGCCAUGCGCGACGCGUCGGUCGAGGCCGACAAAAAGGUCAACGACUGGUCGCUCGACGCCCUCACGCGCCGCGACGUCUUCGAGGCGCUCCUCGACGUCGAGAAGCACACGCGCGACCACGGCGUCGCCCUCAACGACGAGGAGAAGCGCCUCCUCGACCGGCUCGUCCUCGAGCGCAAGCGCAACGGCCUCGGCCUCGACGACGACAAGCGCACCAAGUUCCUCGAGCUCAAGAAGCGCAUCACGUCGCUCGAGAUCGAGUUCCAGAAGAACUGCAACGAGGAGAAGGGCUUCAUGCUCUUCACCAAGGAGGAGCUCGACGGUCUGCCCGAGGAGGUGCUCGAGGGCUACGAGCAGGUCGACGAGGACGGCGUCAAGAAGUACAAGGUCACGCACAAGACGCCCGACAUCAUCCCGAUCUUCAAGUCGGCGCACGUUCCCGCGACCCGCAAGCGCGCCAACCUGAGCUACGAGGGCAAGACGCUCCAGAACGCGCCCAUCAUGCGCGAGCUCGUGUCGCUGCGGCACGAGGCGGCCCAGCUCCUCGGGUACGCCAACCACGCCGAGUGGGUCCUCGAGGUCAAGAUGGCCAAGAACCCGCGCGAGGUCGGCGCGUUCCUGCGCGACCUCGAGGACAAGCUGCGGCCGCUCGGGCUCGAGGAGCGCAAGAAGCUGCUCGAGCUCAAGCGCGAGGAGCACGACAAGCGCGGGCUCGCCCAAGACGACAACUUCUACCUGUACGACUACCGCUACUAUGACCGGCUCUAUGUUGAGAAGACGCUCGACCUCGACGACGACGUUCUCAAGCAGUACUUCCCGGUCACGCACGUCGUCACCGAGGUCCUGAACGCGUACAAGGAGCUGCUCGGCGUCGAGCUCGUUCCCGUCCCGCGCACCGAGGAGGCCGGCGGCGAGACGUGGCACCCUGACGCCGACAUGUACGCCGUCUGGGAGGCGGGCCGCGCCGGCGACAAGGACUCGUUCCUCGGCUACAUGCACCUCGACCUGUUCCCGAGGCCGCAAAAGUUCUCGCACGCGGCGGUUUUCCCCCUUUUUCCCGGCUGGACGGACCCAGCUAAGGGUCGGCAGUACCCGGUCGUCUCCAUGGUCGCCAACCUGUCGAAGCCGAGCGGUGGCAAGGAACCCACGAUGAAGCACAACGACGUCGUCACCUUCUUCCACGAGAUGGGCCACGCCUACCACGGCCUGCUCUCCAAGACCCAGUUCGCUCGGUUCCACGGCACGGCCGUCGCGCGCGACUUUGUCGAGGCGCCGUCGCAGAUGCUCGAGAACUGGACCUGGACGCCGUCGGUCCUCAAGCGCAUCUCGUCGCACGCGACGCGCAAGGGCGAGGUCCUGCCCGACGCCCUCAUCGACAAGCUCAUCCAGUCGCGCAACGUCAACCAGGGCCUGUUCAACCUGCGCCAGCUCUUCUUCGCCAAGUACGACAUGGCGCUCCAUGAGGACAAGCACGCGCUCACGACCGACGAGAUGAGCAAGCUGUGGUGCGACUUGCGGGAGGAGACGAGCCUCGUCACGAUUGGCGACGAGGUCGUUGGCGGCCAGUCCGGCUUUGCUCACAUCGCCGGCGGCUACUCUGCAGGGUACUACGGCUACCUGUACUCUCAGGUCUUCAGCGCCGACAUGUACGACGCCGUCUUCGCCAAGGACCCGAUGAGCGCCGAGGCGGGACAGCGCUAUCGCAAGGAGAUCCUCGAGGUCGGCGGGUCAAGGGACGAGAUGGACUCGCUCGUCGCGUUCCUCGGGCGCAAGCCGACGAAUGAGGCGUUCCUCAAGCACCUUCUCAGCGGGCAGUGACCGCUCUCCUCGCCUUUCCCGAGUCUGCAAGCAGUCGCAAUGCAUCUAUGCCGUGUC